GGCGUUGCUGAACGCGACGCAGGCCUCGCUGCCCUCGUCCACGAGGCACGAGUCCAGGAGCUGCAUGUCGUCGGGGUUCCAGCUCGCCAUGCUCGCGCCCUCGAGCUUCGCGAUCAUCUCGCCGGCGACCUGCCGCUCGUUGCUUCCGGCGGGGAAGAGCUCCGCGGCCGUCUGGCACUCCUUGAACGCUGCUUGGAUGUCGCUCGCGUAACGCACGACGCGCGACGGCGCGGCUGCCCGAUGCAGUGGUGCGAACCUGUGCGCAAUACAGACGUCGAGCAGGCGUCGCGUCGAUGGCGUACAGCUAGAUUGAUUUGUGCACUGUGCAAAAACGCUGCACUUGCUGAGAGCAAGAGGAAGUUUAGGAGCCGCCGCUGCAUGGUGAUCGCUGGAGACACGUAA